UUUAAUUUUUUUUUAUUACGGAGGUUGAUUUUUCCUCUAUGGAAAAUGAACUUGAUUAUAGCGUUUUUCUCAACAUGUUGGUAAAGGAAGUGAAGGGUAUGAUGAAUAAUGAUUGUUUUAGUGUCAUGCUUCUGAAAAAAUCUCUUAGACAGCUUUGACUGUUGUCUUAUGAUUAUAACUUCCUUCCUUUUUCCUUUUUCCUUCGGCCAUCUGUUUCGUUUCUGAGAAAACAGAGGUGAUGGAACGAAAACGAGAGUCUGGGUUUUACAAUUUACCAUUGCUUCAUUUCUUCGUUUUUGGGUUCUAAUUUUCACUUGGUAACUAAAAACCAUCAGGCGAACCCAGAGCCAAAUUUCUGAUUAGGGUGAUGAAGUAUUCAUCUAGAUAGAAUUGGUUGGUUUUGUUAUCGCCCUUUGUUUGGUUGCCGGGAAAUAGUGGAAGUUCGAAAUUUGAAUUUCUCUGUCGGAAAUUAGGAACUCUACUGAUCAGAUUCCUUAUCCCCUAUCAUCCACCAGUUUCCAGUAAUUGGUUUGUGCUUAAUUUAGCACAAACGUUCAUUUUCAUGGGUCUCAAGCAAUGGAUUAUUGACAAGACGAGACUUUUUGCGAUUGACUUUUACCACGACCAUGUGGCGGCCAAUCUCAUGUUUCUGCAGAAGGGUUCUCGAGCUUCUGUAUUAUCAGAUCCAAAGAGCAAAUCAUGCCUGUUUAGUCUUGUGGUUGCGGCUUCUUUGAUUUGUGGUGCUUACUUCAUUGGUAGUGCAUAUGUGGAAAAGGAAUUUAAAGAAAAAUUACUAAGAUGGGACGUAAUUGAUGCAAUGCAGAAAUCAAAAUCCAAUACAUGCAAGAAUCAAUGCAGGCCCCCUGGGAGUGAGCCAUUACCACAAGGAAUUGUAGCCAAAACAUCCAACUUUGAAAUGAGGCCGUUGUGGGGUUACAACAUGGAAAAUGGAAAUCCAAACCCUUCAAAGAGCUUGUUAACAAUUGCUGUUGGAAUUAGGCAAAAAGAUAUUGUGGACCAAAUUAUUAAAAAGUUUCCUUCAAGUGAUUUUGCUGUCAUGCUUUUUCAUUAUGAUGGUUUAUCGGAUAAGUGGAAGGAUGUAGAAUGGUAUAAUCGCGUCAUACAUGUUUCUGCAGUGAAUCAAACCAAAUGGUGGUUCGCCAAGCGAUUAUUGCAUCCUGACAUAGUUGCUGAAUAUGAUUAUGUAUUCCUCUGGGAUGAGGACCUUGGAGUUGAGAAUUUUAAUCCAAAACGAUAUCUUUCCAUUGUGAAGGAUGAAGGACUUGAGAUAUCACAACCAGCUCUUGAUCGUGCUAAGUCAGAGGUUCAUCACCAAAUUACUGCACGCCAAAGUAGAUCAAGAGUACACAGAAGGAUAUAUAAGUUGAAAGGAAGUGGAAGGUGUGAUGAGCAUAGCACCGCUCCUCCAUGCAUAGGUUGGGUGGAAAUGAUGGCUCCUGUAUUCUCCAAAGCAGCGUGGCGAUGUGCUUGGUAUAUGAUUCAGAAUGACUUGAUCCAUGCAUGGGGCCUGGAUAUGCGGCUGGGUUAUUGCGCUCAAGGGGAUCGAAUGAAAAAUGUGGGUGUAGUAGAUGCAGAGUACAUAGUUCAUUUUGGUCUUCCAACACUUGGUGGAAGUGCUGAACACGAGGCAAAUGUUAAAACAAAUAUUUCCCAAACAGGGAAUUUAUCAGAAGCACCGGCACCGUCAGAGUCCCAUAAAGUUGAUAAUAGACCUGAAGUGAGGAGACAGUCCUUUAUUGAAAUGCAGAUAUUUAACAAAAGAUGGAAAGAUGCUACCGAGAAAGACAAAUGUUGGGUUGAUCCAUAUCAAAGAUCCAUUAAUGAAAGCAGUCACUGAUUUUAUUUACCGGCCAUAAUUAUAUACAUGCAGCUGUAGAUAUCUUAUACAGGGGG